GUUCUGCCCGCCAGAUACUAGUAAGUAUCUACCGACCCGACCGAGACCACUUCCCUCCUCCCUCCCACUUCCCACCUUCCCUGUCCGCCGUCCUAGGCCCGAUGCUUCACCUGCUAGUUUUUCCACCCCCUGUCUUCGCUCCUCUCUCCUCUCUCCCUCUUCUCUUCUCGCCCCGACCCGCCCCUCCCUCCCUCGGUCCCUCCACCAUGGACGAACGCCAUGUCCGAAACUAAGUCGCGCCCUCUGGCCCCCGCCCCGCCGGGUGCCAACGCCGCCCUCGAUGCCCAACAGCGCAGGAAGAACGUCGGUACCGCCUGUGCCACUUGCAAGGCGCGAAAGCUCAAGUGCACAGGUUCCGUCCCCUGCGCCAACUGUGUCAAGAGCAAAGUCGAAUGCACCCUCGACCGCAGCGCCGACAAACGCCGCCGCGGCGCCCUGAAACGCAAAAUCGAUCAGCUCGCGGACCAGGAGGACCUCCUCGUCCGCCUGGUCGGGGUCCUCCGCGAGAGUGGCAACCGUCGCGCUGCUCCCCUCAUCAGCCUCAUCCGCAGCGAAGCCUCCCUCGACGAGAUCCGCUACUACAUCAACCACCAGCUGCCCCGGCUGGAGCUGGCCCAGACGCCGGAACUGGUGGAAGUAUGCCAGGAGGUGCAACAGCUCCAGCCGUCCGAGUCGCGCCUGAUGCGUCGGAUCCUCGAUGCCAAGCGGCUCUCCGACAUGCCCCCGUUCCAGGUCCCCGCCCGCCCUUGGACUAACGUCGUCUCCGAUAACGAUUUCGUCUCGCAUCUGAUAUCGCUGUGGUUCACCUGGUCGCACCCCUUCCGAAACUGGAUAGAUAAGGAUCUGUUUGUGCGGGACAUGCGGGCGGGAUCGUUGGACGGGCAGUUCUGCUCCCCAUUCCUGGUGAACAUUAUCCUGGCGGAUGCUUGUGCAUACUCCGAUUAUCCCGAGGCGUACGCGAUCGCCGGGGAUCUGGCCUCGAAAGGAGUCCGCUUCUACGACGAGGCCAAAGAGCUCCUGCACAAGGAGGAAGGGCGGAUUACGCUUCCGACCGUCCAGGGGUUAGGCGUUUUGUGGGCAUGUGCCUCCAUGACCGGUCGCGACCGACAAGGCUGGAUCCAUCGAGCUCAGCUGGCGUACACGAUCCAGGAACUUUCGCAGAAGAAUUCAGUCCUUGCAUCCGCCGCCGAUGAGGACACGCUCCGCAUGGUUCGAGCCACCAACCGUACUGUCUGGGGCCUCUUCAACGUCUCCACGAUGCACGCGUUGACCGACAAGAAUCGCCCGCUGAUACGACCCCCACAACGACAUAGUCUCCCGCCCGUCAACCACGAACCGGGCCACGAUGAUUGGCGGCCGUAUCCAGACGCGACCGAGGGAACCGAGGGGCACACGGUCUGUCUUGCCAACGCGCUGUCUGCUCUCAGUCUGAUUGCCUACGAUGUGGCCAUAACAUUCCACGAAGCUCCGCAGCGACCGCAGAUGGAGACAGAAAGCCGGGUGGCGGAGCUCCACGAGCGUCUUCGUCUCUGCUCCAAUCGCUGGCCGACAUGUUUGAAGGGGAACAGCAUUGAAGCACCCCAUAUUCUCUGUCUACACCCCUUGCCGGACUGCGCUAACCAAACCAGCAUGUACUAUCACUCGAUCAUCAUGACGAUGUACGAGCAUCUCAAGCAUCCAUCGCCCAACCCCCAUUCAAGUCAACAAAUCACAUCGCCCCACCAGGUCCGCGAGAUGUGUUUCUCGUCGGCGCGGAAUAUCGCCCAACUGAUGCGCAUCCACCGCUCGUGCUGGGGGGUGGACCGGAUGCCGGUGAGCAACAUCCAGUGCAUCACGGGGGGUUUGUUCACGCUGCUGGACGAUCUGGAAGAGCCCCGCAAUCGCGAGGCGUUCAUCACGCUCAGCAUCGCGGCCAAGUCCUUUUCACGGCGGUGGGAGUCGAGCCGGGUGGUGUUGCAGUCUUUGCGGACGACGGCCCGCCAGAGGGGGGUUGUGCUACCGAGUGAGACGGACUCGCUGUUCACCACGCUGUCCCUGUUUGUUCCCCCACCGACGGUGGAAACGCGGGACAGCGUAGAUUUGCUAGAUGAAAGCGACGAGGCAUUUGUCUAG